GUUUGAGCUUAUUCUAAAACUUCCUCUUAAAGCGAUAUUGCCACCUAACGUUGAGUUAGGAGAACAGCCCACUGCGCCUGCGCGAUUUACCGGACAAGAUGGCGACCAGCAAUGGUGGGGGAAUGGAAGUGGAUGGGGCAGCGAGCCCCAGUGUUAUGGCCUCAGGCGUCACUGGGAGCGUUUCUGUGGCACUGCAUCCUCUGGUUAUUCUCAACAUAUCCGACCACUGGAUACGCAUCCGGUCACAAGAGGGGCGGCCGAUGCAGGUGAUUGGAGCUCUCAUCGGGAAGCAGGAGGGUAGAAACAUUGAGGUCAUGAACUCUUUUGAGCUGCUGUCUCAUACUAUAGAUGACCGAGUGCAUAUCGAUAAGGAGUACUAUUAUACCAAGGAAGAACAAUUCAAACAGGUCUUUAAAGACAUGGAGUUCUUGGGUUGGUACACCACAGGCGGUCCUCCAGACCAGUCAGACAUUCACAUUCACAAGCAGGUGUGUGAGAUCAUUGAGAGCCCUCUAUUCCUCAAGCUCAACCCAAUGACUAAACACACUGAUCUUCCUGUUAGCGUUUAUGAAUCUGUGAUUGACAUCAUCAGUGGCGAGGCUACCAUGUUGUUUGCUGAGCUGACAUACACUCUGGCAACAGAGGAAGCCGAGAGGAUCGGCGUUGACCAUGUAGCUCGAAUGACAGCUACCGGGACAGGGGAGAACUCAACAGUUGCUGAACACCUCAUAGCCCAGCACAGUGCGAUAAAGAUGCUCCACAGUCGAGUGAAGAUCAUUCUAGAGUAUGUGAAAGCCGUGGAAGCAGGAGAGGUACCAUUCAACCACGAGAUCCUCCGGGAAGCGAACGCCCUGUGCCACAGACUGCCAGUCCUGAGCACCACCAAAUUCAAAACGGACUUUUAUGAUCAAUGUAAUGAUGUGGGCCUCAUGGCCUAUUUAGGCACCAUCACCAAGACCUGUAACAGUAUGAACCAGUUCAUCAACAAGUUCAACGUCCUGUACGACAGACAGGGCAUCGGCCGGAGGAUGAGGGGACUUUUCUUUUGAGCUGGGAAAGAGAGAAAAGCUCUUUUUCUCAGUUUUCUUUGUAAUUUGUUAACUAAAACCAACAGUAGCUUUCCAACCAGUUUACCAUUGUCAACCACAAGUGUAUCUAAUAGCACUUAAUUGCAACAAUCAGUGAGAGAAAUGUACAAAAUUGCUCAACUCUUUCUUGGGUUUGCACAGUAACAAAUCCACUGUACAUGAACAUUGUUAC